CCCCACUCGCUGAUUGGCUGUUGGGUCUCGAGGGGGAUUUUCGCGCAUGCGUGCUUCUGUGCUACGGUAGCUUUCGUUAAUUGUAUUCUCCGUAAAACGGUCUGAGCUCUCUGCUACUAUGUCCCUGCACGGGAAACGGAAGGAAAUCUACAAGUACGAAGCGCCAUGGACCGUGUACGCCAUGAACUGGAGUGUGAGGCCGGACAAAAGGUUUCGCCUGGCCCUGGGGAGUUUCGUGGAGGAGUAUAACAAUAAGGUGCAGCUGGUUGGUCUGGAUGAGGAGAGCUCUGAGUUUAUCUGCAGAAACACCUUUGACCACCCAUACCCCACCACAAAGCUAAUGUGGAUUCCUGACACCAAGGGAGUUUAUCCAGAUCUGCUGGCCACAAGUGGAGACUAUCUGCGUGUAUGGAGGGUUGGAGAGACCGAGACCCGCUUGGAGUGUUUGCUGAACAAUAACAAGAACUCUGACUUCUGUGCACCUCUCACAUCCUUCGAUUGGAAUGAAGUAGAUCCCAAUUUACUUGGGACUUCCAGCAUUGACACAACAUGUACCAUCUGGGGUCUGGAGACCGGGCAAGUUCUUGGCAGAGUCAACUUGGUCUCCGGUCAUGUGAAAACACAGCUCAUUGCUCAUGAUAAAGAGGUUUAUGAUAUUGCAUUUAGCCGAGCAGGUGGUGGCCGGGACAUGUUUGCCUCAGUGGGCGCAGACGGCUCUGUACGGAUGUUUGACUUGCGUCACCUAGAGCACAGCACCAUUAUCUAUGAAGACCCACAGCACCACCCUUUGCUUAGACUGUGCUGGAACAAGCAGGACCCCAACUAUUUAGCAACCAUGGCCAUGGACGGAAUGGAGGUAGUGAUUCUGGAUGUACGAGUCCCCUGCACCCCUGUAGCCAGGCUGAAUAAUCACCGUGCAUGUGUGAAUGGCAUUGCUUGGGCUCCUCAUUCCUCAUGCCACAUUUGUACAGCAGCUGAUGAUCACCAGGCACUGAUCUGGGACAUCCAGCAGAUGCCACGAGCUAUUGAAGACCCCAUCUUGGCAUACACAGCAGAGGGAGAGAUCAACAACGUCCAGUGGGCGAGCACCCAACCAGACUGGAUCGCCAUCUGCUACAACAACUGCCUGGAGAUCCUCAGAGUCUGACUUUAUUUAUUCCAAACUCCUUCACCCCCUUCCUCCCGUCCUACAAUCUGGGGGUUUUGUACAUUGUUAGUGUUUCUUCUUUUACUCUCAAUAUAAUCCUGUUGGGUUUUGGGUCAUAAUAAAUUAUCAGUGCUGAGUACAUCAAGAUUACCGAUGUAUGAUGUAGUUACGGUCUACUUUAUUGGCAUCUCGUGACUCAUCCCAAAAUAUUGUUCUAAGAAUUAGAGCCCAGAACAGGAGCUAGUGAAACAUAAUACACUCCCCCGGAGUCACUUAUUUUACUCUGUGUAGAUGACUUAUUAGCCAUCUGUAUCUACUUGCUGUGUUUUAAUGCUUUUAUUUUGAGGGCAAUACUUUUUUCUGUUGACCACUUUUACCUGUGAUACUGCUUUUGUAGUAAUAGUAGCAUAUAUGUGUCUGUGGACUUGAUAUUUUAUCAAGUUUUGUCAGUGCAGAUUUACUUCAUUUUUUAAAGGGAUUGUACAAGAUUAGGAAAAAAACAUGGCUGCUUUCUGUAAAAUAAAACCGUGCCAUUCCUGUUCACUCUAAUGGGGCUCAGCUGCAAUACCACACACAACCUGUAGACUGAUAUGGCACUGUUUCUGGGGGGAAAAAAGCACACGUUUUUGUAAUCCUGCUUAAAGAGUACCUGUCAUCAAACCAUAUUUUCGAAAUUAACUCAGAUUAUAUUCCCUUACUACUCCUAACACCCCUCCUGACCUUAAUUUUUUUUUUUUUCUAAGCUUUAAAAAGCUGUGUAUCAUACCUUUCCCCACAUUGUGUGAGCUCCUGGCGGGAGACAGUUCGGUUCCCCAGCAGGUGCAACAUCGAUGAAGCCUGCGAGAGCUGUGCCUCGCCAUGCCCCGCACCCACUUCCUAAAUUUGGUCCCCUGCCAGGCCGGGAGGAGACUGAACUAACUGUUUGACUUGUGCAGGGAACAGAACAGAGCCACCUAGUGGCCGUUUUUUUUUAUCACAUUAAAAACAUAUAAAGGUUGAGAAUUCUAAUAGCAAGUAAAUAGUAUAGUGUCUUCUAAUUACACAAGGAAGAAUAUAUUAAACGUUUAGUUUGGUGAUAGGUACUCUUUAACCCUCUUGAAGAAGCCCUUUUUGCUAUAUAUUAUUGGAUAUAGAAGUGUGCAUAUUCUUUUUGUGUUUUUUCAAUUUUGUUAAGUUUAAGGGAGUACUCUGGGGAAAAACUAUUUUUUUUUUUUUUUAAAUCAACUGGUGCCAGAAAGGUAAACAGACUUGUAAAGGACUUCUAUUUAAAAAUCUUAACCCUUAACCCUUUAAAUUUAUUUUCAGUCUGACCACAGUGCUCUCUGCUGACACCUUUGUCUGUCUCAGGAACUGUCCAGAGCAGGGAGGUUUGCUAUAGGGAUUUGCUUCUGCUCUGGACAGUUCCCGAGACAGACAGAGGUGUCAGCAGUGAGCACUGUGGUCGGACGGAAUAUACAUUUAAAAGGCCUUCCUGUAGAGCAUACAGCAGCUGAUAAGUACUGGAAGGGUUUAGAUUUUUAAAUAGAAGUAAUUUACAAAUCUGUUUAACUUUCUGGCACCAGUUGAUUUAAAGAAAAAAUACAUUUUCACCUGAGUACCCCUUAAAAAAAAAAUAUAUGGACUUAUCAAAGGUAUCUUGGAGUGUGGUUAUGACACAUAGGCAAUGCACAGGGACAGCUCUGCUGCAUUCUGUGCCAGAGGUAGGCUACUCUUAGCUGCCACUUGAUGCAACCACCAACUUUCUAUAUAUUCUGUCCUGUACCAUGAUUUGUAAAUAUCAGAACGGUUACUCCAAUAAAUUUCAAUUGACCAACCUGU